GCACAUGUACUCCCGGCCCAGCCGGCCUCGCUCUCCUCGCCUUUGUCUCGCGAGAGGUGGUGACGGCGGUGGAAGCGCGAUGUAUCGGCAACAGCGGAAGUGCGACGCCACGCCUGCUGCUGGCGUGCAGUGCCGCCGUCGUUUUCCCAGCUCGCGGCUCUCCUCUCCUGACGAUGUCCUUCCCUUCUUCCCUCUCUUCCAUUGAUGGCUCCAUCCAUCCCCAAUCUCACCCCUAACCCUAGGUUGGCCUAAACACUAAAGAUUGUUGACGAUGGUGCUGCUUGCGCAGCAGGUGGUCAGGUUUUGCCGACGGUGCGCCGUGGAUUUGGGCCUCCCAUCCUCAAACCUUCAAGGUCAUUUCUAUCUCCCAGCCAAGGACACUGUUCAAAUGUGCUCCUCCAUUCCCCUCCUUCCCCAGGUAGACAUGUAUCAUGUGUUUUUGUAUGGUCUGGAGAAGGCAUGCUUUAGCCAUGAUGAUGUUCAAGGUGAGCAGGGGCGCCAGUAGAUGUCUAGCUAGCACUGUGGUUCUUCAGUAUUUUGUAACCCAUGUUGUCAUUCCUUUUAUAUAAUAAGAUUUCAUUGUAAUUUUAGAUUAAAUUCGAUCAAUGUUGCCUAUAUAAAAUUAUGUAUAUGUAUUCUCUAAGUUGUUCGUUUACAGUAUAGUUUGUUUCCAAAUUUGGCCAACAUUAUAGAGUAAUAAUGCUUAUGUAGAAAAUUCUGAUUAUCAUAAAGGCACACUGUGAUGAUGGUCAAAGGUUA